CAAACUACAAACACGUGCGGGAUUCUUGACUUAAAUUCAUUAACUAUUUUCAAAGAAAAUAUUAAUUUACACAUUUUUUUAAUAGACAAAAAUGACAAAAUUUAUAACAUAUUAUAAUUUAUGUCCUAUACCAGAACCCAAAGACUUUCUGGGCAUAUCACCGGACAAAGAACAAGGCAAUAGUAUAACAACUUUGGGCAAAAACAUUAUCAUAAUAUUUAAGAUUUCCACUCAAAAACAAAUAAAAAGUUGGUCUGUAUUGGAAAAGCUUUCCUCUAAAGUGGUGUAUGAUAGAAAAACUGAAAAAUAUGUGGGUGUCUUUGCCAACAGGUUUCUUAGAUUAUGGGAUGAUAACACCAAAGAUGUUAACAAGUGCAAAAAGUUAAAGUUCCAAAAAAGUAUAGCCGAUUUGGUGGCUGAUGAUAGUGAUACUUAUGUUUUGUAUUCCGAUGGCUCUUGUGAAUCUUUACAAUCGGCCAUUGAAUCGCGUAAAGCUGAUAUAGGAGCACCUCAACAAACCGAAUUGUUUUCAAGUUUAAUAUUCACCGAUCUUAAUAUACAGAAAUUAUCGAAUGGUCAACGUAUUUUAACUUAUUUCGAACGUAAUACUAAAACUGGUGAUUAUCAUUUGGUGCGUAUACCUUUGGAUCAGGGCGAAGGUGUAGAGGUUGAGGCGAAACGUUUUAAUUUGAAAAGAGGUGUUUUAGAUGUUCAUGUUGCUGGUGCGGCUGUUAUAGAGGGUGAUGGUACACCGGUUUUAUUAACAAUAUGGUCCGAUAAACGUAUAUUCCUUUUGAGUCUUGCCGAUGACAUAGAACCCAGUCGUUCUCCUGGUAAUUUUGUCUCAAUGCUGACACAACUUAAAGUUGAUACUCCUCUUUCGGUAUUGGGAAUAUCGAAACAUUUUGUAGCCAUUUAUGGAGCUAAUCAUGGCCAAGAGGGAGCCUCUCUUUUACUAUACAAUACACAAUAUAAAGUUAUUAAAACUAAACAAUUCUUUAAAGUUUACUUUAACUUUUCACAACUAUGGUCUAUCGAUGAACAUAUACUCUUGGCUAUGGGACAAAAUCUUUCGGUAGUUAAAUAUCGUGUACUUAAAGAAGUUCUCUCUGAGUUGGUGGGCACACAAGUGGGACAUGACUAUCAACCAGUUCUAGAAGAUAUACACAUUAAUGAAGAAGCCUUUUUAGAAGAUUGUCUACAGUAUAGUAAUGAUUAUGAUUAUUAUACUGUAAAGAACAGUAAAACAAAUGAUAAACCAUUUAAGGAAGCUGAUGGUAAAUUUGUGGCCUUUUUAAAUAGCAAGGAGUUUGAUAAGGAUUUAAACUCUUUGAAACAAUUAAAUUUACAUGUUGAAGUUAAUCAGGUAGAACAACCUUUAGAUGAUGUACAAAUUUCUUUAAUGGCUAAUUACAAUGAUAAUGGUUUUAUUAGUCCAGAAAUACAACUGAUAGCUAAACAACUGGAAAAGGCUGGAGCCAGUGAACAUGAAAUAACUGAAAAACUAUUGACCGUACUAAUAAAAGCAAAUUUAUUACAAGAUAUCGGAGUGUGUCUGAAACGUUAUCAAAAUAUAUCGGAGAAAAUACUUUCGAAAACUUUAAAUUAUUUACUAACAAAUAUAACAACAAUUGAAACACUUAAUCAUAAAGAAGAAUCAACUAAGAACCUAACAAAUGGCUGUAAAACAGAAAAACAAGAGAAACACAUGGAAGUUGAUUUUCAAUUAGAAUCAGAUGACCAAGCUAAACCCUAUCCUAAUUUAGAUUUAUUAGCGGAAAAGCCCACAGAACACAACUCAUCCAACGAAGCUUUAGAUAUCCUAAAUAUACUCUUGCAGUGUUCGUUUGAUGCUGAAGCCAUAGCGGUACACAUUAGAAAUGAUAUAGAUUAUAAUAAAAUUCUAUUGAUAUUACAACAUUUAUAUAAUCUACUAAUAACACCGCCUCAACUAUCGUUAAUCGAAGAACGUCCUUCGCUCUAUAACUGUAGCAGUGAUUAUGAACUGCAAUUAAUGCGUUGGUUUGGUGUAUUUCUUAAUUCACAUUUUCAAAAAUUAGCCCUAUCCAAAGAUAUUGAAUUAAUGGAAAUUCUCUAUAAAUGGCAUGAAUUGAUACAGAGUUAUAAACGUGAAAUUGUCGAAUUGGAAACGGUGGCGGCUUUAUUGUAUAAUAUUGUUGAGCGUAGAAAAAUAUUUAAGGAGAAAAAUUCUUCGAAAUGGUAUUCAAUCGAAGAGGUUCAAUUAUUUUAAUUGUAUUUUUUUUUUUGCUGUAAUUAUUCAUCUUUUUUCUGAUUUAGUUUAUAAAUUAAUGAAAAUAUCUUUAUAUAUUUUUUAAAUAAAGUUAAAUUUACUAA